AUGGCGACGUCAAUGCUGGAGAGCAAUGUACGCCUCGCUCAAAGAUUACCGCCUCGACUGCUCAACUUCUUCAAGAAGUAUCCUCCACCACAAUUGCGAAUCGGCGCAGCAGCACCACAAACCUCGAUACCACCGGCAGAGUCGCCGACAGGAACCAUCACACCUUCGUCGGAAGCACAGACACAAUCGAAUACUCUAGACACAUCGAAACGCUUUCACAACCCCUUCCUGCCAUGGAAGAACCCGAGAACAGGCAACUGGCACGGACCUGCCUAUUCAUUACGGCGGCAAGCAGAUUUGUUCAAACUGGCAAAAGCGUAUGAUGUUCUUCCGCUCAUGCCACUAUCAAACAAGCACCCAGAUGUGAAGUUACAGAAGCGAAUUGAGAACGGCUUGAGAGUGCAGGGUACAGGAGUUGGCAAGAAGGUCAAGGGUAAAUUGUGGGAACGGCAACUAGGACGCAAGUUGGAGGAGAGAAGAAAGGCGAUGGAGGGCAUGCCCGAGAUGAUCAAGCAAUGGAAAGAGCGGGGUCAUGGACGGGGCUGGAAGAAGUGGCCGAAAUAA